UAGAGAGCUUUUCUACACACUCCAUGGCUUGCAGGGCGGUAAAUCAUGCCUUCUCUCCAGAAGGCCCAGCAUUACCUUGGAAAGAGACGCACACGUGUGUACAUGUGUAGUCCUUUGUGGCUACCCUCUGCAGAGUGCCGCAGGCUACAAGCCAGGCGUCUUGCUGUGUCUCAUGGCCAGGGCCCUGAUUACAACAAUUAGUCCUGUGCUCCUGAUGAUGGUGAUUGUGCUCCAGAUGUCCCUCUCUGCUGAUAGUAACCAAGGUGAAACUGCUGUAUAGUCAAGAGGACGAGCUACAGUAUUUUCCAAAUGUCAUGCACUGCCAUGAUAGAACUUUAAGAAAAUAGUGUCUGCAGUGUCCCAAAGAGAGUGAAGAACGUAAAGAUGAACCUGUUCUCAGAAAGCUAUGAAGUGAACAGUCACUUGCGGUAUGUAUGCGAAGAUGGCUACAAACGUCAAGCUGGCACAUCAAAUCUCGCCAUUUGCCAAUUUAAUGAUAAAACAAAGAAAGCAGACUGGAAAUAUGGAAACAUCUCCUGCAUUCGAGACCCAUCAAUUGCUACUACAGCUCCAAUCAAUACAAAAUCUCCAUUCACUACUUCAGAAUCAAGACCAAGUCGAGUUUCCACUUCAUCAUCCACAACAGUAGAAAGAUUUACAAUAAUAUCCUCAACAGUCCAGAUCCAUGAGACACUGCAUACUACACAAGCGAAAGCUACACAAACACAACUUCCUGGACACACUCCCAUGAUCAGGCUUUCCACUACGUAUGAGCACACUACUCCAGGACAAACAUUCUCUCCAGGACUACAGUUUAUUACACAGACGUUAUUUCCUAAAGAUACUGGGAGGACAGUAAGUGAGCAAACCACUGUUUCGACGACCGCAGCUGUAAUGGAAAAAACUGUUUAUACUGCAACAGUGAAACAAAGCACUGCUGCUCAUCUUUUAACUCCUGUGCAAAGUACAAGCCCCCCAGAUCCACAGACAAGUAUUUGGCAGAAAACGGAAACCAUAGCAGCAGCAGGCAGUGUGGUGGUCAUAAUCCCCUUGGUUGGAGUAAUCAUCCUUGUUGUGUAUUGCAGAAAGAGAAGCGCAGAAACAUCUCCUAGAAACCCUGAGGAUACCCAGAUAUAUAAACAGAAUACUAACCCAGAGGAUAAUGUUCCCACUUCAGAUACAUCCCAUGAAGAAAGCGAGGAAGAAUCGUUUUUGUAAUGCACUAACUUCCCAGACAUCCAGAACAUUAGUAGGACCAUUUGUGGUUAUAUUUAUUUCUGAUGCCUUCCAACAACAUAUUGAUAUGUUGUGAUGAAGACAACCAAGAAAAGCAGACAUUGUAAUACUGGCUAUGGAUGGCUGCAGAAGUUCAGAAACCUGCCAUUGGACUUCUCCUACACAUUCCAGGACAUCUCAGCAAAUGUGAACCAGCUACAGAACAAGUGUUAACUAAUCCAAGAGCAGCUCUAUAUGAAGCAAUGAUUGUGUUUAUGGACAGGCAGAUGUAACUUCCCUCUGGUAUACUAAGUUCCAACAAAGAACAGUGCUUACACAUAGGAAACAAACAAUAACAUAUAAGAGACCUGACUGGACACACCAGAGAAAAAGCGGUGGACAUCUGUUCAGUGGUAAUGUCAAGAUAGUAUAAAUUCCCAUUAUAACUUCUAACUUUAUAGAGUUAUAAAGCCAUUUAUUGAUUUUUUUUUUAUAUUAAUAAUAAUAUUUUUAAUACCAUACAUCCCCACAGUUGUAUCCCCUGUCCAAUCAACCUAUGAUUGCCACAGAACUGCCCAGAAAUGACAAUUGGAUACAGAUAUGCAAAAGAACCCACCCUCUUUGAGGCCUUAUUUGUUGGAGAAUGCUGCCCCCCUCCAGAACCACGUGGUUUAAAUAACAUUUUAUUCUCUGGGUCGAUACGAUUACAUUGAUACCAAAUAUGCAUUUUUUUUAUGUUUUACUACUUUUAUACAAUAAUAUUGUUUAUCUUAAAAAAGGGGACAGUAUAGGGACAAUGUAAAAUUUUAACUUUACUGAUGUUUCUGUGUGUGGGGUGCAAGUGUUCGGUGAGACUUAUUUUAUGCUGUAAUCUAGAUGCUGGUAAACAUCUGGAUUGUGACAUCAGUAAAUGGUCUUAUUAGGCACAGAAGGGGUUAUUAGCUGGGCAAGCUCUCUUCUUAUCUCUCCUUUUCUGGAAAGAAAACCCAUCAGGUAUGUUCUGUGAUUGAUAGGGGCUUGAGAGGAGAACCUUCACAGAAGUCUAUAUUACCUCUCAGGUCAUACAUAGUACUUACUCAGCGAGCCUUAGCAUGUCAUCUACUGGCCCUCUCUCCUCCUUCAUGCUUGCCAAGACCAUAGCUGGUUGAAGAAGGCUUUUACCUACUCUUUCUCAGGCUGUAUAACCUGGGCCAAGUCAUGUUUGGGAAUGAGAUCUACAGGUAUUACUUGCAGAUCUCACUCCCCAUCCAGUUUCUAAAGGCUCCAUUUCUGAUUGUAUGGCUAGCACCAUGACUGGUCUUGUUUAAAAGCAGGUUAAAUUACCCUACCUUCAGCCUGCUAUGGUCUUAAAUACUGAAGGGAAAAUUAUUGCCUGUCUGGGACCCCCUGAUCUUGUGGGCCCCGUAGCGGCCACUAUGGCUCCUACAGCGGUAGUUCCCCCCUAGUUUGUACACUUUUGGAAUGCAUCCCCCCCAAAAAAGAAGCAACUGUUCAUGAUUAAAAUAUAAAAUUGUUUUGCAUCUACUUGGUUUCAGACUGUGUGCAUAGUGUGAUACUGCAGUCAGGGGUGGAUUAAGUGCAUGAUAGGCCCGGGGCUGUCUACCCAACUUGGGCCCCUACUUCCAUUUUAGUUUAGUUUUUUAGUUUUUUUUUUGUAUGAAGAAGCUGUGGUGC